CUUAUAAAGCCAAUAGGCCUGGGUGGCCUUAAUUACUAUUUAAUGGUGAUAGAUGAUAAGCAUUGGAUCCCUGAUGUUUAUCCCACUAAGAUAAAGAAUAAGGUGAGCACUAAGGUGAUUAAGGUCUUUAAGAUAUUUAAGAAUAUUAAAGGCUCAUAUCCCAUAAGAGUAUAUCUAGAUGGCGGCCUAGAGUUUAAAGAAUUUAUUAAAUAG